AUGCCUCUUUACAAUAUCACUCUAAAGACCAACGCUCCCACCGAGGAGUUGGAAAAGGCUAAGGAAACAGCUAGGGAGAAGGGCGGCGUCAUCAAACAUGAAUACAGCAUCAUAAAAGGCUUCACUGUCGAGUUCCCCGAUGACACCGUCCAAACCUUCGAAUCCACUGAAUAUGUCCAUGUUGAGCAGGACGGCGCAGUGACUACUACCUGCCGGAGCCUUCCGAUUGCGCGACCUCGUAUUCUUCGUCAAUCGUCCACGCAGAGUCAAAAUUGGACCGGUCGUCCACUUGAUGUCGCCAAAGACAAUGUCGCGCAGCUGGCUGCGAGUCCCCGUCGGCCGUUGACACUUGCAGAUCUACUCAAACAUGGCCGCCCACCAUUGAACAAAGAGGCUCUUUUAGCCUCUGCCAACUUCACUCUAUCCCUCCUCCCCGCCCGACUAGCUUCUCGCAUUCAAGCAUUACGAAACCUCCCAUUCAUCGUCGUCUCAAACCCUCAUGUCUCCAAAAUCUACCACAAUUACCUCCAUUCUCUAUCGACCCUCAUACCAUAUCAACAGCGCCGCAUCACGACCCUCGAAGAAGAGAAACAGUUCGGGGAUGUACUGGCAGACCUCGUACACACGCAUACAAAUACAAUCCCCGUGCUUGCCCGCGGGUUUCUAGAGUGCAGGAAAUAUGUCAGCCCGGCCGACGUGACGAGCUUCUUGGACACGCAUCUACGGGCGCGUAUCGGUACGCGCUUGAUCGCGGAGCAACAUCUAGCACUUCAUUAUGCCUCCCAGCCCAUCAGCGAUGACCCACCCGAUAGCGCCGACGCGCCUGCGCCCAAGAACUCGAUUCCAUCAAACUAUAUAGGCGUAAUUGACACGGCUUUGCAGCCGGCACGCAUCAUCCGGCAAUGCGAGGAUUUCGUUGGAGAAAUCUGUGAGCUUAAGUACGGAGUGCGACCGCGUUUGAACAUUGGAGGUGAGCCUGAGGCCACCUUUGCUCACAUCCCUGUACAUGUGGAGUACAUUAUCACCGAGUUAUUGAAGAACGCAUUCCGGGCAACUAUUGAAAAUGGAAAUGAGCGUGAGCCCAUCGAGGUGACGAUCGCUGCUGCUCCAGAUGUCCCCGGAAAUGCGCCGGCGGUCCCGGGGGAUACCGAUGCUGGCUUUGAGCUUGAUUCGGAGCUUGCCAGUGCCAAUGAGAAUGAAAACAUUGGAUACUCGGCUCCGUCGUCUCAGAGUAUCACAAUCCGUAUCCGUGACCGUGGUGGUGGUAUUCCGCCUGAGGUUCUGCCCCAUAUCUGGUCGUAUAGCUUUACGACUUUCUCCGAUAUAGACCUCCAGGGCUCGGAGAACGGCAAUAUGGAUGCUUUAAACACCAUAUCUGCUAGCGGUGGCCAGGUCAGCAGUAUUGCAGGUCUUGGUUAUGGGCUGCCUCUCGGCCGAGCCUACGCUGAGUACUUUGGUGGUAGCAUUGCGGUGCAAAGUCUGUGGGGAUGGGGGACAGAUGUUUAUUUGACGCUGCAGGGAGUUGGAAGAAUCGAUUGA